CCCCCCGGUUCCGUCGGUUCCGACUCGGAUCUACCGGAAAAUCCUUACGUGGGGCGGCCGCCCCGGCACGGCUCGUCCCACAGCACCUCGGAUGAGGAGACGGGGGGCGUCGGGGUGACCCCCCACCGCCGGCCCAAACCCCCACCGGGCAAACGGCUACCGGGAGAGGAGCUGCGGAGGACACAGUCCCACGGGGACCUUCUCAACGCCCCCCAUGAUGAGCCCUUCCCCGACGGGGCUCCCCGGGCCAGCGGUAACCGGCAGCACUGGCCAAAAAGCAGCAGCGUGUGGCACCUCGGGCCGGAGAGGAGCGGAGCCACCGGUUUGGGGGUCGUGGCCAAGGAACCCUCCUCGGACACGGAGGCGGUGGGCGCCGGGGGCAGCGACGUGGACACCAAACCCCUCUCCUCGGUGGAUUCCCUCAUCAGCAAGUUCGACGGGAAGGUGGUGCAGCAGCGGGGGCGGGCGGCCCGGAGGGGCCGGAUCCCCUCGGAGGAGAGGAAACGCUCCCAAAGCCUCGACGGUCGCCUCCCCGGUCGCCGAGAGGGGCCCGACGCCCGGGAGCUGAGCGGUGCCCGGGACGGUGGUCUUCACCGCCCCUCGGUGCCCACCGGGAGCCUGAACCGGCCCAGCAGAACCGGGGGGACGGAGGAUGGGGGGACGAGGGGCCAACGGGCCACCCGGGGGGCGGAGGAGCCCACGGCAGAGCUGCAGCUCCGGCAGAAGCUGGAGCUGGGCCGGGAUUCGGGGAGGAGCGGCUCCGCUCGGGCCACGGAGUCCCGGCUGCGGGAGGCGGAGGGGGAGAGCCAGCGGCUGCGGGGGGCCCUGGAGAAGAAAACCCAGGAGCUGCAGAGGAGUCUGCAAGAGCUGAACGAGGUGAGAACAGCCAAGGAGCAGGCGGAGACGCAGCUGGGCCACUGCAAGGAGCAGCUCCUGGCCACCAACCGGGAGCUGGACCGUCUGCGCAAGGGCUCCGGCGCGUCCCCGGACAGCGAUGCCUUGUACAAGGAGCUGCUGGAGACCAGGGAGGAGCUGGAGGAGGCCCUGGGCUCCAAACAGCGUCAGGAGGAGCAGCUGCGGCUGCGGGAGCGGGAGCUGACGGCCCUGAAGGGAGCCCUCAAGGAGGAGGUGGCCAGUCACGACAAGGAGCUGGACCGCGUCCGGCAGCAGUACCAGAGCGACAUGGACCAGCUGCGGCGCAGCAUGGAGGGCAUGACACAGGACCAGGCCAGCCUGGAGUCGGAGCGGCAGAAGAUCAACACGGUGGUGAGAAACCUGCAGCGGGAGCUGGAGGAGAGCGCGGAGGAGACGGGGCACUGGAGGGACAUGUUCCAGAAGAACAAGGACGAGCUCCGCGCCACCAAGCAGGAGCUGCUGCAGGUGAAGCUGGAGCGGGAGGAGUUUGAGGAGGAGCUGCGGGAGCUGCAGGAGCGUUUCAACGCCGCCCGGGAGGACGCCGACCAGGCCCGGAGCAACGCCGUGGACCCCGGCGAGAUGGAGGCCCUCAAGAAGGAGCUGCGGGAGGCGCGGGAGGCGCAGCGGGAGCUGGCGGCGGAGAAGCAGAGCCGGGAGGAACGGCUGCGGGAGCGGGAGCGGGAGCUGGCGGCCCUGAAGGGCACCAUGAAGGAGGAGGCCACCAGCCGGGACGAGGAGCUGGAGCGGUACCGCCGGGACCUGCAGCAGCUCCGGGAGGAGAGGGACGAGGCCACCGAGGCGAAGGCGUCCCUGGAGAGCGCGCGGGAGGCCUCGGAGCAGGCGAGGAAGACGGUGGAGUCCAGCCUGAGGGAGGUGCAGGACCAGAACGAUGACCUGAGGAGGAAGGUCCUGGGGAUGGAGACGCAGCUGAAGGAGUACGAGCGCCUGGGGGAGAACUGGGAGGGCUCCCAGGCACGGCUCAAGGAGAAGGUCACCAAACUGGAGGCAGAGCGCCGGCAGAUGGAGGAGUCGCUGGGAGAAGCCACGGAGCGGGAGCAGGAGCUGCUGAUGGCCAAGAGGUCGCUGGAGACGCGGAUGGAGGAGGCUCAGCGUGGCUUGGCCCGGCUGAAGCAGGAGCACCAGGAGCUGAGCAGCUCCUUCCAGGAGGAGCAGCGGCAGAAGGAGCAGCUCAAGCGCGCCAAGAGCGAGCUGGAGGAGCAGAAGCGCCUGCUGGAUCGCACCACCGAGAAGCUGAACAAAGAGCUGGAGCAGAUGACGGAGGAGUCCCACAGCUCCUUGACCGCCCUGAGGUCGCAGCUGGAGGAGUUCAAGGAGAAGUCGCGGAAGGAGAUCACGGAUUCCCAAAAACAAGCCAAGGAUCGGGGGGUUGAGGUGGAGAAGAUGCAGCUCAACGUGGGGCGGCUGCAGGACGAGGUGUCCCGGCUGAAGCAGGCGCUGCAGGAGAGCCAGGCGGAGCGGGAGAGCGCCCAGUUGGACAAGGAGGUGCUUCUCCAGCGGCUCCACAACCUGGAGCAGGAGAUGGACACCAAGAAGCGCUCCCAGGACGAUCGCUCCCGGCACGUCAAGGCGCUGGAGCGCCGGCGCCGCGGGGGAAACCUGCGCCGUGGCCCUAAUUGCGGCAAUAUUUUUGCGGGAAAAAAACCCCAAAAAACCCCAAAACCUUGUCCCCAGAUCGACCAGCUGCGGGCAGAGCUGCUGCAGGAACGCUCCAGCCGGCAGGACCUGGAGUGCGACAAGGUCUCUCUGGAGAGGCAGAACAAGGAGCUGAAGAGCCGCCUGGCCAGCUCGGAGGGGCUGCAGAAGCCCAACAGCAACGUCUCGCAGCUGGAGGCGCGGGUGGAGGAGCUGCAGGACCGGCUGCAGGCGGAGGAGAGGGAGAAGAACGUCCUGCUGUCCUCCAACCGCAAGCUGGAGAGGAAGGUGAAGGAGCUGACCAUCCAGAUCGAUGACGAGCGGCAGCACGUCAGCGACCAGAAGGACCAGCUGAGCCUGAGGGUGAAGGCCCUGAAGCGCCAAGUGGACGAGGCGGAGGAGGAGAUCGAGCGGCUGGAAGGAGCCCGCAAGAAGGCGCAGAGGGACCUGGAGGAGCAGCACGAGCUCAACGAGCAGCUCCAGAACCGCAUCAAGGCGCUGGAGAAGGAGGCUUGGCGCAAGGCCGCCCGCUCGGCCGCCGAUUCCUCCCUCCAGGACGACCAGCUCAGCUCGGACGAGGACUUCGACAGCGCCUACGGACCCUCCUCCAUCGCCUCCCUGCUCAACGAGGCCAACCUCCAGACCAGCUCCUGCUGACCCCGUCCCCGAGAGAGCCAGGGGGGACCGGCCCCCCCCCAAAAAUCUCUUCCACUCCCAAGGACAUGAAGGAAAGUGGGGUGGGGAACCCCCCUCUCCGGUCGCUGUCCCCCCUCUUCCUCUUCAUACGGGUCUCAGGGUGUGUUUGCACCGUCGCUUUUUGCCGGGGGAGGGGGGAGAUGCUGUGACCGGUGUCCCCUUUGGUGACCGGGUCCUGCCCCGGAGGGGUCGGGCUCCCGUGGGGGCACCCGGAGGGGUUGGGGGGACCCCUGGCUCUGGCCACCCCUCUUUAUUUUUAUAUGC